AUUCCAGUUUUACUGACAUCACCUUAAGUUAAAGAUAAGAUGUAUGUAGACAAACCGGUCAGUUAGCAUUGGGUCGGCAAGCAUUGCAGGAAACAUUCUAAAAUGGUUACUGCAUUUUUGGUUUGUUUAUCUCUUCUGUAUGGCACAGUGGAUUCUGGUCUCAUAUCCGAAAAAAGAGCAUCGUGUAAUCCACCAACUUUUUAUGACGGCACUUGCAGUUGUGAGAACAAAGUCGUCACAUGCACGGGUCAAUCACAGGUGCCCGUUUUCAGUUCCUCUGAAAGCUAUAAGACUGUAAACAUUGUUGGUGGAAACUUCCGAACUGCCAUUACGUUCGGGAGUCCGUUCGCUAAUCUCCAGACCGAGGAACUAGUUCUGAAGAAUAUGGGCAUCGUCUCCAUUCCUGACGAUGCUUUUUUACCACUGAGAUCGGUAUUAAAGAAGCUUGACCUGUCUAACAACUUUUUGACCACUCUUCCUCUAGCUCUCAAGAACCUAGAUAUAUUGGAGUCUCUUGACGUUUCAAACAACGUCAUCGACGACAAAAAUUUUUCGGAGACCGUUUUGAGAAAGAUUGGUGCAACUCUUACUUCCCUGACCUUUGGUAGCUUGGACAUUAAUAAUUGGCCUAGUACACUAAAACAUCUCCAAAUGCUUCAAAACCUUAAUGUUACCAAAGCAGCCGUUCGAUUUAUGCCACAAGACGCAUUUUACGGAUUUUCGGGAACACUUUUGACUCUUAGUUUGGAAAACACUGCCCUAAAUUCUGUGCCUCUGGCUGUUUCUAAACUAACUUUCUUACAAUCUUUUAACUUUGAUCAUAAUGAAAAUGUCGGAGAUUAUGGAAUGAAUGUCCCGCUAAGACCUGGCAUGAUGAAUUAUCUGACAAACAUUUCUCUCCAAGACGACAGCUUGAAAACCUUCCCAAGUGCGCUCAAGGCUUUCAAUAAUCUGAAAUCUGUAUCCAUGGACGAAAACAUGCUAGAAUUCGUUAGUGACAAUGCGGCUGAGGCUGUUAGUCAAAUAGAAAAUCUAAGCAUGCGCAACUCAAGCAUUUCUCGUAUUCCACAAGCGUUGUCAAAUAUAACGUCUCUGAAAUCUCUCGAUCUAUCAGAUAACCGCAUCCAUAGUAUUGAUAUUGAAGAUGUCAGAAUCCUGCAUUCUGUUAAAGAAAUCAAGCUCAACAAUAACCCUAUUCUUUAUAUUUCAAAUCAUGCCUUUGAUAGCACUAAAAAUUUGGAGCGGUUGGAACUGAAAAACACAAACUUGAAGCAAGUACCUUGCGCCUUGAAGUUUGCCAUCGAAAGCCUUACCCGAGUAAAGCACAGUUUUCCUCUCACGGUUGACUUGUCAGAUAAUAAGAUCGAAUGCACUUGCGAACUAAAAUGGCUUUCUGAAACUCUCUAUGCGCACAGGAAUAACAUCCUCUGGACAGUACUUGGGAACUGUGAAACAAUAGUCUCAAGCAUAGAUAGCUAUCUGAAAUCAGUAACCCUUGGAGACUGUCCAUGGUCAAAUAUUUGUAACUCAUAAAUUAAACAGAACGGUUACAUGUAUUUGAUAAUGAAUAAAAAAUGAAUUUCAUGCCAUUGUCUACUAAAAAAUGAAGAUAAUUUAUUGCUGUAUAACACAUCCUAAUGAAUGGAUUGCAAUAUUAUCAAACAUUACACCUUUCAUUCAAAUUAUAUUUCACAUUUUUGUUCCAAUUAAAGAUAUACUUUUCAAG